CUGUUUUUUAGGGUUUCGUUAACUAUGUAAGGCUAUAUAAUAGCCAACGUUUCUAUUCAAUAAACAAGUUAUUCUCCCAGUUUGCUUGAGUCAGUUGCAGUAUUGCUCUUGGUAUUUUUGUUCUGGUUCCCAACACUGUUCUUGUUUAAUUUAAAUCUGGUUUUGAGCAUAUUAAUUGAGGAUUUUUUGGUUGGUUUUUAAUUUAAUGGUUGAUUAAUGAUGAUUAUGCAGCGUGUUAGUCGGCCAAAAAGAGGAAUUAACGAGUGGCUUCACCGGCUUCCACUUCCUCUCCAUAAAAAGUUGAUGCCUUUGCUUCUUUCUGCUGGAAAAAUAGGAUUACAUUUUUCGGGUACUGAUAGCAGUUCCCAAUUUCAUUUCUACUGUAAUUUCUGUCAUGCAUGGUGGGGUACUAGUGGAUUUCAUGUAAGCCCCACAUGCAUUGAUCAGUUGAAGGAAAAAUGGUUGAACUGUUGGCUGUUUCUUCUGAAAAUGGUGCUAACUCAGGCCUCUCAUCUGAUAUUCCGGAAGCUGAUGCAAAGUAGAUUGCUGAAACGGCUCGUCGAACAUUCGACAAAGAUGGCCCGUUGCUGGUGGUUGCAUCUGGUGGGAAUACCAUUCCUGUUUCAAGCGCCAUAAAACAGUUAGCUCCAGAAAAUAUGUUUCUUGUACAGGUUAAGGUUCAAUCUCCCUUAAGAAAGAGAUGCAUAUGAUAAUAUGACUGGUAAAAAACAAAGUGAGGCACUGCACCAGUUCAACAUUUGGUUUUAUUUUCCUUCACGGACUAGUGAACCCUUCGCGAUGUUCUGGUAUCAUUAUUGCCUAAUCACCCUUCUCUUUGUUCCUUCCAAAAGGAAAAAUCCUCUUUUACUUUGGAUGUCUAUGUUUGCAACAUGUUAUACUUCUGAUCAGAACAUGAAGAUUAGCCUCUUAUUUAUUUGGAUUUAAAUUAUUCUGGAAAUACAUGUACUUUGGAGAAAUGCAAUUAACUUUUUUCUUCAAUAAAAUGGUACAUUAGGGUAUUGCAUAAAUUUUACUAGCCACGCGGUAACCUAUCUUCUACUUAAUAACAUAUCUUUUCUUUUUUUA